CUAUUGCUUACCCUUCAUCUUCUAUGUAACUACAUAAAAAUCCCAACUAAAAAAAAAAAAGUUACUGCGCGUCACAAUACAACAAUUCACAUUCUUGCAACCCCUAGACGGCGUUCUCAUGCUUUUUAUUGUGAUGGUAUGCCCGUUUUUUUGAUCGCUAUCACUGCGUAUCGACCUACUGCCCAUCGAGAUCUUAUUUGAGUUCUCUGCCGACCAGCCAACCGACUAAAUCUCAUCUUACAAUCGAUUCCACCUGUCUACCGAUGUAACCAAUUCCUUUCCAUGAACGCCUCUUGCUAGAUUUACAACCCUGCCACCGUCAUGGCGUUCAGCUUUGGAAAUGCCGGAAACACCGUUGGCGGCCUCGGAGGUGUUUCCCAAGGUCCUGAUCUGGGGGAGGUCCAGACUGAAGCUCUUGGUUUUUUGUCACUAUCCGGUGAUGCUAAGCUGCGAAUUACCUCACCAUGGUCUCCGCCCCCCGCCGAGUAUGCUUCCCUUAUUAGCAUCGCACCACGAUCGGGUCUGGUUGCUGCAGCUGGCCCCGAUGCCAUCAUACUAGCAUCUACCGAAUCUGUUAGGAAGGCUUUCGAUGGUCCCAAAGACGGAGAGGGGGAAACUCCGACAUUCGAGCCACCAUUGAAGUUGCCUUUACCAAUACGAGUAUGCCAACUCGCAUUUACAGCCGAUGAAGCCUACCUGCUAUUAUCAGCAGAACAAGGUGGAGGUUUGGCGGUAUACCAGGUUGAAGCACUCCAGCACGGCACAACGCAGUCUGCCUUCGAGAUGCCCACGAAUGGCGAGUCGCUAAGAGCCCUAGUACCGAACCCUCGCACAGAGAAGGCUGAACUGUGUGCUGUCGUAACCAAUGAAGGCAAGCUUUUGAUGGCCAACAUGAAGGAUCGCAAUUUCGUAUCGGGCCCUAACGGUCAAAUUCUGAAGGAUCAGGUUAGCUGUGUCGCUUGGAGUAACAAGGGAAAGCAGUUGAUAGCAGGGCUUGGUGAUGGUACUAUACAGCAAAUGACGCCCGAGGGCAAUGUCAAAGCUGAAAUCCCGCGACCACCAGAUCUUGAUUCAACGUAUUUCGUUUCAUGCCUGGUUUGGCUCGAGAACGAUGUAUUCCUUAGCUUUUACGUUUCUACUUCGGAGCAGCCCCCUCCAAUUCGGUGUCGUCUAAUCACAAGACAGGGUCAGAAAUUCCUAUCCCAGAAGCUCAUUAACCCUGUAGAACCCUACGACCCCGACUACAAAGUUCCGCAUCUCACAAUCAUGCGACUGAAGGAUUUCCCACCAAACCUCCAAGACCUUCUUAUCUGUUCUUCUACCGUUACUCCUGAUAUUGGCCUUUUUACGCGGUCGAAAACGCCACUGGGACCAGACGGUCCCUCAAAUGCCUUUACGUUAACUGAAUUGGCCGACGAUUCCAAGCGAGCUACUCUACCAAUGGGUGACGGCUUGGAGAACCCAGUAGCAAUUGGCACGGCUCUCGACCUGUCUAGUCGAGAGAACGUCUAUAAACCUAUACCUACCGAUGAGUUGGACCAAUCUCCUGGCCCAUUGCCAGGUUAUUGGGUUCUCAAUUCCGAGGGUAUUCUCUCUGUUUGGUGGGUUGUAUAUUCCGAAUCGAUUCGAGGAGGGACCACGUAUCCAGGGCUUGUAGUCGUGGAAGAUAAUGCUACAAGCUCAGCCGAGACGACAGCUCCUAAAUCUGCCCAACCGAGCCCCUUUGGAGUCCCGUUGGCUGCGCCAGUGGCAGCAUUUGGGGGCCCUUCAGCAUUAGGCUCAAAAGGCUCUCCCUGGGGCACUCUUCCAUCUACCUCGAGCGGUGCUGGUGGACCUACGUUCGGCUCGAGUUCUUUUGGUAUGGGGGCUGCGUCCUCAGCGCCAAAACUCGGUGCACCAUCCUUUGGCUCGUCGACUCUAGGCACAGCCUCUUCGCCUUCAUUUGGGCAACCCUCUGGGAAAUGGUCUCAGUCUUCACCUUGGACCUCUGGAUCUACAUCGUCAACCACUCCGGCUUUCGGUCAGUCUGCCUUUACCAAUAAUACCAACAAUACAGGCGGACUUGAGGGGCCAUUUGGAAGCGCGAAACCCAACCCAACAAUUUCGAGUGGCGGGUUUGCUAAUUUUGCGAGCAAAGGCGGCUUUGCAUCCCUUGGGUCAAACAAUAUUACUAGCGGGUCCAGUAUAUUUGCAUCUUCGAACGCGGAAGCCCCUGAAGUCUCUAUGGAUACAGAUAAUACAUCUGCAUUCCAGGCCCCAAGUACUAAGCCGAGUAUAGGCACUGGAAAUCCCUUUGGAUCGCAACCAUUCAAAUUGAGCUCUAGCUUUCAACCCGACCCGAACGCAAGGGACGACGAUACCGAUGGGAACUCUUCGAGUACUGUGAAGCCCAUGUUCGGUACGAAUUUUGCGGCCACGAUAGAUGAACCAGCAAAGGCAACAGUCUCAACCCCUAUUGCUACUGUGCCGCAAAGUGCCUUUGGUCGGUUAGCGCCGUCGGCGAAUGUGGAAUCAACUACACCGGCUUCGACUCCAGCUCCAUCCAAGGUCCUAGCUCCAACUUCCCCAGAACCACAAGGCAGGGGGCUUUUCCACUUCCCACCAAAAACCCCUAAUAGCCAGAGCAGUGUUUUUGGGUCUUCCACUUCCCAAACACCCAAGGAUGACCCAUCUAGGAAGGUAGAUGCAGCGACCCCUAACCCAUUGAAAUAUAGCGUAGAUACUCCCCUACCCCCAGAAUCUACUAGUAAGGCCACCUAUCCAUUAGGCGAUUCAUCAUCUUCGUCUGCUGGCACUGUAGAUUCUGCGGACCUCAAGGGAACGUCUGCUGGUGCUAAGGAUGUACCUUUGCCACCUAAUUUAGCCGACUCAACGCCUAAGGCGACAACGAGUAGGACUCUCGUUGAGGAAGUACCUACCGUUGUGGAGGACGUGCCUUUGCCACCUGACGCAAUUAAAAAUAAGAAGGCAUACAACGCCCCUUUACCCCCAUUGCCUGGGGUUGAUGCGAAAUCUAAGUCCCUCGAUGAGGCCCCCUUGCCUCCAGACCCUCUGAAACGCUCGAAUGCGUACGAAAAUAGGCCUCCUGCUCUUCCGAUUGCUAAGCUCUCUUCCGAGGCUGCUGGGCCUGGGUUUAAAUUUCCUACAAACCCCCUUCCUAUCCCAUCAGAUAGCGAGGAUGACGAAUUGUCUGAAGACGAAGAAGGCACCGAGGCCGUUAGUGAGGGUAGCGGUGUCGACGUUGCUAAGGAACUUAGUCCGGCCAGCACUAAUGUGAAUAGAACCCCUGGGUUUACUCCCCAGAGCUCCUUUGAUGGCCUGGCAGGAAGCUACUCUACAAUACCCCGUCCAGAUCAAGAAAGGCGAGGCUUCUUUGGCGAAUUAGGCCGUAAUGCCCCUGUGUUCCCCCAGCCAAAUCCUGUCAGCCCCCGUUCGCCGAGUCCUGUACGAAGCGCAGUGCCUACUAGGCUUGUCGGAAAAGACCAACCACGAUCCUUUAGUGCGCCUGGGCUGGCAUCUCAAAUUCUUGGUACAUCUAGAAGGCAGCAAUCUCGGGUGGGAUCUUCAAUCAUUGGUAAAGAUGCUUUUGUUGAAGAUGCGAUUAUGGAACAGCAACGGAAAGCAAAAGCAAAAAAGGAGGCUGAGGAAAGUCAAGUGCUUCUCGACGAAGAAGAUGAUGCUGUUCAAAGCUUGCUAAAGGCGGAAGUGAAGCCAACCCUAGAGCUUGAUGAAUUCAUUGCACACCCAGGCGUGACAGCACCGGCUGGUGAUAGCGUGCCGGCACAGGUUGAGGCCGUAUAUCGUGACAUCAAUUCCAUGAUCGAUACCCUUGGACUUAAUGCACGGUCCCUCGCAGGCUUCACCAAGGGCCAUAAAGUGCCAUCUACUAGGGACUAUACUAGGCAGGAUUUGGCUGUUUCGGAUGAUUGGAUGUUGAAUGGACUGGAGAGCUUAGCACAUAUCAUCGAUCAGGACCUUGGCGUUGCCCUUAGCGAAGCAAGGGUCGCGGACGUGCCAGGGAAGCGUGCAGAAUGCGAAGACAUUCAGCGUGAGCUUGGUCGCGAUCGCAAUAAGCAGGCUGAUCUGAAGAAAAUCAUCACCUCCCGCCUAGACCCCGACCAGACUGCCGCAAACCGUGCACUACCUCUCAGCGCGGAGCAGGCAGCGCAGCAGAAUGACCUACGACGAGAAUACGCCAAAUUUACGAGGCUUCUGGCAGAGGCCGAGGAAGGCUUGACGCUGCUCAAGGCCAAGAUGGUAUCUGCCAAUAGCGCGAACGGGAGGGGUGGUCCAACGCCAACUAUUGAAGCGGUCGUACGUACUAUUACCAAACUCACAAGUAUGGUUGAGAAGCGCAGCGGCGAUAUCGAUGUUCUCGAAAACCAGAUGAGGAAAUUGCGCUUGCAAGGCGCAAGCAGUCGCGAAGGCUCACCUUUAGCUACGCCAAACGCCAAGAGACUAUCAGCAUCCUCGGUUUUUUCUCCGGAGCGGUCCAUGCGAGAGGGUACACCGCAACGUAGCAGCAUCUUGCGCCACUCGGUGUCGGGAAGUAUUGGCGGGAGCAUUUUCUACACACCACCGCGCAAGAAGCUAAGUGGCUUUGGAGACAUGGAGAGAAAAGCCGUGAAGGAGAAGCAGCAGCGUAGGAUGGCUGUGCUUGGAAAGCUCAAAAACAGUCUCCAAAAAAAGGGUCCCAGCGUGUGGGCUGUGGACGAGAUCGAAUAAGCCCUUGAUGUAUCAGUAGCAGUUGUGCUCGGUUAGGAGACGAAUGACGAAUAAACAAGGAUUCCGGCAGAUUAAUGCCUUUCAUACCCGAGUAGGCGCCUAUGUAGGUUAGAGAUUUCGCAGACAUGUUUUACGAAGGAAAAGGGAGAAAAAGAAAGGGUUAAAUUCUAUUACUCUAGUACACAAGAGGUAAAUAAUCAUGCGAGUGGGGAGUCAGGAGUCAGGAGUCACUGGGUAUUUCCCAUCUUAGGGUAACUUA